UUAAAAAUAUCAGUCGACACUCCAUCUCCUAAAGUCAAAAGCUCAGAGAAGAAGAAGAAGAAGAAGAAAGGUAGAGAAAAUGGAAGGCGGUGGAAUGGUUCAAAUGAUUGUAUUACUGAUUGUGGGGUUAUUUGUGUACAUGUAUGGAGUUUUGUAUGCGAGACCUCGAAGGCUUAAAUCAAUGCUUGAAAAGCAAGGGAUCAGAGGGCCUUCUCCUUCUUUUCUAAUGGGAAACAUUACACAAAUCAAAAGGAUCCAACUCCAAACUAGUUCAAAGAAAAUCGAUCAUUUCAUUUCUCAUGACUGGCCUUCCACUAUCACCCCACACUUGCAGCAAUGGAUACACCAAUAUGGACCAACGUUCAUGUAUUCAACUGGAAACAUACAGCUAUUGUGCACAGUAGAUACAGAUAUGGUGAAGGAAAUAAGCCUCUAUACAUCUUUUAACCUGGGGAAGCCUUCUUAUUUGGCUAAAGAUCGUGGACCUUUACUGGGUCAAAGCAUUAUGUCAAGCAGUGGACCAUUAUGGGCUCAUCAGAGGAAAAUAAUUGCUCCCGAAUUCUACAUUGACAGGGUUAAGAGCAUGCUGGGCCUAAUGGUAGACUCCACAACGUCAAUUCUAAGAUCUUGGGAGAGUAGGAUUGAGAGUGAUGGAGGCAUUGCAGAGAUAGAUGUUGACCCUGAUAUGAGAAAAUUAUCGGCAGAUAUAAUCUCAAGAGCUUGUUUUGGAAGCAAUUAUGCUAAAGGGGAAGAAAUAUUCUUGAAUCUUAGAACUCUUCAAAAUGUCAUGUCCAAGGGAUCUGUUGGGAUUCCUGGGUCCAGAUACUUGCCCACCAAAAGUAAUAGAGAUAUAUGGAAAUUGGAGAAAGAAAUCAACUCAAUGAUACUGAGAGUUGUGAUGGAAAGGGCUACUGCCAACCAUGAGAAGGACCUUCUGCAAAUGAUACUUGAAGGUGCAAAAAGUUAUGGUGAUCAUGAGCCUGCGGGGGGCCUUCCACCUAAUGUGUCAGUUGACAAGUUCAUAGUGGAUAAUUGCAAGGCUAUAUAUUUUGCUGGUCAUGAAACCACUGCCAUUACAGCCUCAUGGACUUUAAUGUUGUUGGCUGCUCAUCCAGAUUGGCAGGCUCGUGCUCGUGCAGAAGUGCUGGAAAUUUGUAAAGAUAAGAUUCCAGAUGCUCAAAUGCUUCGAAGCAUGAAAAUACUUACAAUGGUGAUCCAAGAGACAUUGCGCCUAUACCCACCUUCCAUGUUUGUGAUAAGAGAGGCAUUAGAAGAUAUCAAGUUGAAGAACAUCAUGGUUCCAAAAGGAAUGGACAUUCAAAUACCUGUUGCAAUUUUACAUCGGAAUCCUGAUAUAUGGGGGCCUGAUGCUGACCAGUUCAAUCCUGAAAGAUUUGCAACUAGCAAGAAUGCACAGGCUUACAUGCCAUUCGGAAUUGGUGCUCGAACCUGUGCAGGCCAACACUUCGCCAAAGCUGAGCUGAAGGUGAUUUUGUCGCUCAUCCUAUCAAAGUUUGGCCUCUCUCUCUCACCAGCAUACAUUCACUCCCCAGCAUUUAGGUUGGUGGUGCAACCUGAAAAUGGAGUUAAUCUCUAUGUUAGGAGAAUUUCAUGAGCUAGCGGUUAAUGUCAUAAAGUUUAAUAAACAUAACUAGACUUUUUUUCCCUAUUAAAAUGGUUUCUGCUAAAUUUGGCCGUGAAAGUAUAUUGAAUUCGAAGCAAUAAGUGCUUCUUGACAAAA